AUGAAGGAGCAUCACCACCACAAAACACAGGAGCUACAUGAAUUAGUGAAGCAUGCAGCCUAUGAUGGAGAUCCUUUUUCAUCCUCCUCCGGACAAACAUCCCCGUCUGUGUUCAGUGACGGUAACCUCAGCUCGUAUCUCAUCAUGGUGUCUCUGCAGAAGACAAAGACCGUCCACACUGACAAGAAAGCCUCGUGA